GCUCAGUUAGCAGAAAAUAUAGAUAGUUUUCGUGUGACGUAUUUUGCCUAUCUAUUGUACGUUGAAAUAUUGCCAUAAUCUUACAUACAUUAAUGCGCCAUUGAGUUUGUAGAAACACGGGAUUUAAUUCCAGUCACAGUUGGCUUUAUUUGGUAACAUUUUACAUGAAGCUGUUGCUGAUCGAGUAGCUGCCAACACUGGCUGUGUGUGCCCAACAAGGAAAAAAAUUGAACACUGGCCUGGCAACAAGGUUUUCUGAAGAAAAAAAAAGAUAAUCCAACUGAAUACCACGCUGACUUCCUGCUUUAGAUUAACACCAGCUGUAAUUAGAGAGAGGUCAACCUACCAGGGAUGCUAGAGACAGCUCUAAUUACAAAGAUGGCAAAAAACAUUCUUCGACAGUCCUACAUAAAAUUACUCUGCUCCUCCCCCGCAAAAUCCCACAAUGCAAUUCUAAAUUUGGCCUCACAGCGACGUCAUCAUACAAAGGUUUCAGUGAAGGAGGCCAGAGGUGUUAUGAGGGCCUGGCAGAUUAGGAGAUAUGGGGGUAACGAUGAACUCACAUGGUCGGAGUCUGUGAGGGUCCCUCGCAUCAUUCACCCGGAGGAUGUUCUUGUUAAUGUUACCGCUGCUAGUCUAAACAUGCUGGAUAUUAGAAUGAGAGGAGGAUAUGGACACGCAAUGUUGAAUGCUAUAAGGAACAAGGAUCGCCUCCAUGCCCCUCAGUCAGAAUUUCCUCUGAUUCUAGGGAGAGAUUUCUCAGGGACAGUUCUGAAAACAGGAAUGAGAGUUAAGAAGUUUAAAGUUGGCGACAAGAUAUGGGGUACAGUUUCCCCUUUCAGACAGGGAUCACAUGCUGAGUUUACGGUGACAUCAGAAUCUCAUGUAUCUCCGAGGCCACAUAACUUGAGUGAUGUAGAGGCUGCCUCACUUCCAUACGUGGUCUCCACAGUGAUGACAGCCCUCUGUGAUGUAGGGGAACUAAGGGAAAAUAACACAGCUAAUAAGAGAGCGUUGAUCUAUGGCGGUUCAGGAGGGAUUGGGACAUUUGCAAUUCAGCUGAUGAAGGCUUGGGGAGCCAUCGUCACGACAACCUGCUCCACUGAUGCUGUUCCCUUGGUUACCUCCCUUGGAGCUGAUCAUGUGAUCGAUUACAAAACACAGAAUGUUCAACAGGAACUUAUGAGCAUGAAAGGGUACGACCUGAUUUUGGACAUUCAUGGAGGGGUAGACUUUUCCUUUGACCUACUGAAAAAGUGGAAUAAUUCUAAGUUUGUCACGAUAAAGACUCCAUUUCUACAGAAAACUGAUGAAUAUGGGAUUCUGCCGGGACUUCUGAGGUCUGGUGCUAAUCUAACAGCCAAUGUUUUACAGGGAUUUAAAGAUGGUAGAAGUUACAGGUGGGCCAUGUUUAAACCGAGCAGUAAACACUUACAGACAGUAAAACAAAUGGUGGAGAAAGAAGAGAUCAAACCAGUGAUAGACACAGUGUUUCCAUUUGAAAAGGCUGAUAAAGCGUAUGAAAAACUGGAGGAAGGACACGCCCGAGGAAAAAUUGUCAUCAACAUGUGUCAAUGAAUAUGGUGAUAAAAAACGACACAAUGAAGAAAUUGUCAUCACUAUGUCAGUGAUUGUAAUGUUACAAAAAAGACACUGUAGAAAAUUGUCAUCCACAUGUGUCAGUGACACUAAUGUUAAAAAUAGAUACAGGUAAAUUUGAAGAAAUGUGUCAGUGAUUAUGAUGCUAAAAAUAGACAAAUGGGAGAGCGAAUUCUCCAAGGUCUGCCUUUGCACUGUGACAGUACUUGUAUAAUUAAUUCCUGAUAUUCUGUCCAACAAAUAGAAACUCUGACACUAGUACUUAUACCAGGGCAUUUUAUUUAUUUUCUAGCUAUGUGUACUUGU